AUGAGGUUCACUUAUCAAGGUUGGCUCAAAACAUCUAUUAUAAAACAGAGAGAAUUUCGCAAUAUUCUCAUGAAAAACUUGGGUUUAACUUCUACUGAUAUAAACAAAUUUUUUGAUACGAAAUAUAUCUUUAAAAUUCCACGUCAUCGAAUAAUAAAAAAUUGUUUGCUCUUUCAGAAAUAUAAUAUUAGAGUGGACUCUAUAGAGAAACUUCACUUUUGUCUAAGACUGCAAGAGUAUUCAUUAGAACAUAGAAUUAAUGUAUUAAAAGAAUUAGGAGUGCCAGUUAUAAGUAUAUCUUUAUUGAACAAUACAAGCUAUCAUUUUCACACAAAAUUAUCAAAGUUCCAAAAUAGAGUUAAUAUUCCAGCUGAACAAAAUAUUGCUGCAAAUAUAUUUGGUAGUGAAGUUCCUGAACACAUUUUCAAAUUGAGUAAUACAUUGACAGUCCAGGAAUACUAUUGGAAAUGUCUUUUGUAUUGCAAAAAUCAGAUAUUCAAUCUGCCAUAUCUAGACGAUAAGAUAUUAUUGCACAAGUACAUAAAAAUAAAGAGUAUAAGAAUGAUUACAGAGACAUUGAAAGUACUCAGGCUUGAUCUCCAUUAUGAUGAGAAAAUAAUAAAAAAUAAUCCUUCGGUUAUCAUUGCUUCUGCCGAUAACAUCAGAUUGCUGUUGAACCAUUCUACAGAAGCCUUGGGAAUGCCAAUUGUAACAUUUUUGAGAAAAUAUCCCUUUAUACUUUUACAAGAUUCAGUUAAUGUUAUACGAUUACUGAAGUUGUUCAAAAAAAAUGAAAUACCGGAUAAACAUGUAGAGACUUGCAUGCAAAUUUUUCGAGUAAGUUAUGAAGACGUCCAACAACGAUUCAAAAUGAUAAAACGGCACCCGGAUCUAAGCUUGUGGUAUAAGCAUUCGCGAAUGCUGCAAAUUGUAUACAAGCUGAAGCAGACAAAACAACGUAUAAAGUACAUUAACAUCAUUGAUUCUUUGAAAUGGACCAAACCACAAACAUUCCUGGCUACAAACUCUUCAAUGGACAAAGCUUUGCAAAUCGGCUUAGAUUCAUCCAGAUAUAGUUUACGGCAUAUAUUUAUGCAGGAAUUAGGAGUAAACAAAAGCAUAUUGCUAACGAGACAUCUACAUUGGAAAACGGCUACAUAUAAAGAUAUCAAGCAGAUGUUAAAAUACUUAAAGAAACAUUUUACGAUAAACGAAAUAUGCUCCAAUAUACACAUCGUACUUUAUAAACAAUCGAGAGUGGAAAAAGUACUGGCUGAUUUAAAACGACAAUAUUCUCAAAAUACAGAGUACUCGUUUACUAAUAGCCAGUAUCUCGCAUUGUGUCUAUAUAUGUUGGAGAAAAAUAAUAAUUUCACAGGUGAUGGUGUUUGGAUCAAUGAACCAAACAUGAAGGAGCAAUCUUUGAUUGAAAAAAGAAAUACUAUAGAAAAAUUUGAUGAUAGUACAGGUACUCUAGAAGAUAUCAAUAAUUUCAGUGUGGUUUCAGGAAGAUAUAAACAGUGAUACUGAUCAUAAUGUAGAUGUAAGCAGUCAGUAACAAUAUACUUAAUGUAAAUAGUUGGAACAAUAAUAUACAUAAUGUACAUAAACAUUUUUACUUGUACAGAAUAUUUUACAGCAAUUCAUGUUACAGAA